UGUCUCUGUUCGCUGUGGAAAGAAGCAUAAGCUAGAAGAAGAGGCAGAAAGUUGCCCUGUGCGGAAGAAGAGACUGACAGGAGCCAAAAAUUGCCCUUUGAACCCCAGCACUGAAGAAUGGAUUCUCUGUGCAGGUCAGCAGGCAGCUGGGGAGGUAGCAAGUCAGUGUGGUGGCAGCGGUCCUGAAACUGCCAUGUUAGAAAUUCCCUGUGAAGAAAUGGAUCAGACAAUGGGGGAACAGCAAUGCGAGGUUGCUCGCAGGAAGCUUCAGGAAAUUGAGGACAGGAUAAUUGAUGAAGAUGAGGAAGUUCAUGCUGAUGGAAAUGUUAGCAAUCUGCCCACUCUUAUCCUGUCAGAUACCCUUAAAAAAGGGAUGAAGAGGGAUUUUGGUGAAGUCCUGACAAAGAAAAUAAUAGAAUCUAUGAGCCGUCCUUCUAUGGAGCUGGUGCUUUGGAAACCUCUUCCUGAAUUUCUCACAGAUAAACUGAAGUCUGUUUCUGUUAAGAACUUCAAGCAGCAGCAUGCAGAAGGGUGUCAAGCUAAGCAGCCAGCACCAAGAGAUGCUUUUGACCCACAGACUGCAGUGUUCCCCGAAUCACAACAGACUGCCAUGUCUCCUGACCCAUACGCUGGUUUGGGAAUCUCUGCGUGUGCAGAAGAGGAAAUGGAGUUGUAGAUGCCAGAUUUCAGACUGGAAGUGGUGAGCUUUUGGUGGUUUUUUUGUUGCUGUUUCUUGAUUCCCUGUUUCUCUCUGGUUUAAUACGCAAAUCUGAAGUUUUAUUAUCUGUUUUUGUUUUUCCGACUAACGAUCACAAGAACUUGGAUUGGCCAAACACAGCUUAAGGAA